AUGUCCGAGAGCAUCUUCGUCUACUCGCGUCUGCGGAGCGUCUCAAACGAAGCGAUCAAGAGCAGUCAGCCAUUCGAUAAGCUCCCCAUCAUCACGCUCGAGGACGGCACCACCAUCGCCCAGAGUGCCGCGAUCGCACGUUGGGAGCUCUGCAGUGGCAAGCCGACGUCGGGGACAAACAUCAACCCGCUCUGCAAUAUUCUAGACCCAGCCGGCGCAGACUUUGGGGCGGCGAAGGAGAUCUACCUCCAAAAUUGGCCCACUGCGCGCGCCAACUUUGUGUCGCAGCUCGGCGGCGGCGCCUUCUUCGGAGGCACCGCGCCAAUGUACUCCGACUUCGCCAUCUGGCACGUUUGCGACAACACGCGCGCGAUCGAGCCGGGCGCGCUGAAUGGGGAGCCUCGGCUGGGCGAGUGGUUCGAUCGCGUGGAUUGGGACGUCAUUGAUCUGGAAUCGUGGGACGGCGUGAAACUGCGAGUCCGCGCUGGUUUCCCAAAGCUCAGCGGCGGGUCAGAGGAGCGGUUUCCAAUGGUGCUCAUGGCGAACUCGUGGUCCGUGCCCAAUGUGGAGUACGUAGCCAAGCAGCUGCAGUGGGCCGAGGCAGGGUACGUCGUCGUCGAGUACGACGCCCGCGGUUGGUGGUCCAGUGAGGGCACAAUCGACCUCGCUGGUCCUUCAGAUAUGAAGGACGCCAGUGCCAUCAUCGACUACGCACUCGGUCGGCGCAAGUGGCACGUGGACGCGGGCGCCAUUGCUACGUGUGGCAUUAGCUACGGCGCUGGCAUUGCCGUCCUCGCCGCAGCACACGACCCGCGCAUCAAGGCGGCGGCCUCGCUCAGCGGGUGGGGCAACCUGACCGAUGCGCUGUACGCGGCCAACUCUCCGUCGCGAGUGUGGGCGAACUUGCUGCUCGUGUCCGGAGAGAUCUUUGGACGUGAGCCCGCAGACCUCUGGAGAAUCUGGAACUCCAUCAACACGAGGAACAACAUCAGCGGGGUGAAGGCGUGGUCGGAUAUGCGCUCGCCUGUGGCGGUGGUCGACAAGCUGGCCGCGCGGAACGUGAGCGUCUUCCUCUCCAACAAUUUUGAGGACCGGCUCUUCAAACCCGACGCGGCCCUCCGAUACAGGCAAAUCCUCCACGGUGCCGGCGUGCCUACCCUCACCAUGCUGAACCAGGGCGUGCACGCCAGCGCUGAGAUGCCUGGCCUCGUUGGGAAGGAAAACGCCGUCUUUUCAAGGGUCAAGUCAUUCCUCGACGCGCGCCUGAAGAGGCCGGCGGCGCCUUUGCCGGGGCCGCCCGUCGUCGUCGAGGAGCGCCCGCUCACCCUGUUUGCCCGCGCCGGCCGCCUACUCGAGUUCGCGUCGUGGCCGCCGGCCGAGCAAGCAUCGGUCUCCUACAGCCUGCAGGGUCGCGGGCCGGGCGACUCUGCCGGACGGCUCUCGCUGCCACAUAAGCUGCCGCCCGCCGGAUCAGCUGCCAGCACCAUUUCGUUCAGUCCGCUGAGCGGGCUGAGCGCGGGGAUGCCGGUCGUGGGCGAGGUGAUGCAGACGGAGAUGCGGAUGCCAAUCGUUUCCGACUUCGCGCUCGUUGAUCAGCACCGCGCAGCCACCUACUUGGGCGAGUCGCUAAGCCAGUCCGCCGUGCUCUGCGGCGCACCCAACGCCACUCUGUCGGUGACACCGAGCGCAAGCGCCUUCCAGCUCGUCGGCUACCUCUAUUCCGUCGAUCCGAUGGAUAUCGGCACUCUGCUCACGCACGGGCCGCGCACCGUGUGGAAAGACGAGGGAGCUACAGCUGGCAACCCUCUUUCGGUCGUCGUCAACAUGCGACCGACGUGCGCGACGCUGCGCAAGGGACACCGGGUUGGUUUUGGGGUCAGCCUGUUCUCCAUGAUGUAUACGCCGUCGAACGCUGACCCGGCGCUGACGGUGCUACUCAACAACAGCGCCUCGCGGCUCUCGCUUCCAUGGCUGACUGCUCUGCCAAGCAAAGAGGUCUGA